CCCACCCCCUCCUUCCCCCCUCGCUCUCCGCUGCAUCACACACUAAACCGGCGAGCAAGAAAAGGCCCCUCCUUCCUGGUGGAGAAAAUGGACAUCAAGACACAAGCUGGUCCGAAUGCCAAGCUCCUCGCCAGCGCCGACAUUAUCCCCGCAGACAUCAAAACGCUCUUAACUGGAGGCAUGUAAGGAACACCCCGGAUCCGGAUGGAAUGACAAGCGCAGUCGGUGCCGGAGGUUUGCGCGGAGCCGAGGCGGAGAGGGCAGGACUGAGCACCGAGCACCGAGCACCGGCUGGCUUCCCCGAACACCGCUGGAAACGCAGGUGGAUGACAGCGUUGGCUUUCGGAGUGGCACCGUUGGACGACCAACGGCCGCUGCCCGACUCUUAAAUCAGCACCGAACACAUUCUAGUGCUCUCGGCUUGAAAGUUUUUUUUUUUUAAUUUUAUUCAUAGCUAAAUAGCACAGAGACUUUUUUUUUCCUCCCAAUUAACGUUUUUUAAGGUGGCUAGACGGCGGCUGGCGCUUCACGAAUGGAAGGCUAAUUUAAUUGGGGUUCAUGAAACAUGUACCCAUGGAUAGGUACAGAAACAAGAUAAUGAAGUGGCGUGAUUUCGUCACUUUAUUACCAUUGAUUUUUAAAGUACAGUUUUACAAUAAGAGUACAUUUAAGUUACGUGUAAAGAUAUAGAGUGUAAGCUGUAGAUGCCAGACACACCGAAAACGUCGCUUUUGCGUGUGGAAAAGAAAGAAGGAAAACAAACACCGUUAGGUCAUAUUGUAAGCUGUUGUAUUUUGGAUUAACUGGUAUACUGUCAGAGUGUGGCUGAGGAUCUCACGUUUGUUGUGUUGGUGGGCAGCAGUACACCGUUGAUCUCCUUUACUUUCUGUGCCAAGUUCGGUAACUUCAUCAUGAAAAGUCCUGGAGUUUUCAUUUCAGCUUUGGGCGCUAACGAUAACUGCAGUGCAUGUCACAGAAUGACACAAUGAAUAUUGUCGAUUUUGGGAGGGAAGUUAUGCCUCUAUCGAGCGCGAACGCUACUGAUGCUGUGCGUUACAUAAACUACCGCAGAUAAUAUUUAUAGACGCCAUCCACGUUCUCCUUGAGUUUUGCGCUCGACUUUUUCCCAGAUCUUUUGAUGGAGGUUGCGCGAUAAUUUGGUUGUCCCAGCUGCUUUAUAAACAAGGGUGACAAGAAUUGAGAUAUUAAGGCCACUUAAUAGUGACCUUCCGAGUUAUGCUAUUGCGUUUCCAGAGAGAAGGAGUGCUCGCACGUACUCCAAUGCGAUAAAAGGGCUGUAGAGAGCGGAUCGCUCGGAUUCCCGAGACCGAGAAUGGCCAGGUUGCGCAAGAAAGCGUGCGUGGCUCUUUUCUUGUUCACGCUGUUCAUUUUCGGUACCAUGAUGGGCUUGAGGACACUGAAGCCUAGCGAUGGGUUCUCCGACUUAGCCCCGGGACUGGAGUUAAUGCCCGUUGCUGGCGACAGAGCGGACCGGCGGUCGAUCUCCAACGAAGUGGUCGCCUCUCCAGCUCAGCCACGAGCGGUGGGCAAUGCUAAAACCGCCUUGUGGAAUUCCAGCCCAGAUAAAGGCAUAUUCUACGAUGUCCAUAUCUUCUAUUACGUGUGGUAUGGAAAUCCAAAAGUAGACGGAAAAUAUCUGCACUGGGACCACGUGCUAGUGCCCCACUGGGACCCUAAAGUUGCUGCCAGCUAUCCGAAGGGAAGACACACGCCCCCUGAAGACAUCGGCUCCAGUUUCUACCCGGAAUUGGGACCCUACAGUUCCAGGGAUCCAGUUCUUCUGGAAUCGCAUAUGGAACAGCUUAAGGCAUCAGGAGCAGGGGUGCUGGUUUUGUCUUGGUAUCCACCGGGCUUGGCUGAUGACAAUGGAGAAGCAGCUGAAGACCUGGUGCCAGCUGUAAUGGACGCUGCACACAGGCACAGAAUCAAGGUAGCCUUUCACAUCCAGCCGUACAAAGGAAGGACUGACCGUACUGUUCACGACAACAUCAAGUACAUCAUAGACAAGUAUGGGAACCAUGGAGCGUUGUACAGAUUCAAAACCAGCACGGGGAAGAUCCUGCCUCUGUUCUAUAUUUAUGACUCCUACCUGACCCAGCCUGGGUCCUGGGCAGACUUGCUGACCGUGUCUGGGUCCCACAGCCUGCGGAAUACCCCCUACGACGGCGUGUUCAUCGCCCUCAUCGUGGAGGAACGGCACAAGCACGACAUCCUGUCCAGCGGCUUCGACGGCAUGUACACCUACUUCGCGUCCAACGGCUUCUCUUUCGGCUCCUCCCACCAAAACUGGAAGGCCAUCAAGACCUUCUGCGACGCCAACAACCUGAUGUUCAUCCCCAGCGUCGGCCCCGGUUACAUCGACACCAGCAUCCGGCCGUGGAACAACCACAACACCAGGAACAGGGUCAACGGGAAGUAUUACGAGACUUCGCUCCAAGCGGCGCUGAUGGUGCGGCCGGAGAUCGUCACCAUUACCUCCUUCAACGAGUGGCACGAAGGCACACAGAUCGAGAAGGCCGUGCCAAAGAAGACGGCAACGCGGAUCUACCUGGAUUACCAGCCCCACAAGCCCGACUUGUACCUGGAACUGACCCGGAAGUGGGCCGAGCAGUUCAACAGAGAGAAGGAGCAGUGGCUCAUGUGAGGGAUCCUGCCACGGUGGGGCAGCUCCAGUCUGCUACACUGUGAAACCAAGAGUGGCGUUGUUUUCAUUUGGCUCAUUACAGAAGCUGUAUGGCAUUGUGCAGGCAAUUGAAAAUGGUUUUGGAGGCCUUUUUUUUUUAAAUCAAAGCCUAGGAAAAAACUGGCUCUGCAUGACGUGGGACUACUUUUCAAUUCAAUUGGGACCCCAGCCUUUUUCUGCAAUCUCAUUCCUACAGCUGCAGAACCUUCCAUUUCUAAGUGAAGCCUUUGCGGUUACUUAGAUCCAGCUGUAUCCAUUCCUGUGUCCUUACUGCAUUUCUUAAGUAAAUCAGAUAUCCAGUCAGAUCUAAUGCUUGGUAACCUGAGAGCUGAGUUUCUUCCUCGCUUGCAGUACAACUCACUUUGUAAGCCACCAGCACCAGCACGGUCAGUCAUAUUGACAGACAAGUUGCUUUCUCACUGCUGCUUCUGAACUGAGAGAGGUCUGGCUGAAUGACGGCGAUAUAAUGGCAAAGCAUUGGUUUACUCAGUAACCUCGCCAUCAGAUCAACAGGAUAAGAACUUCUCAUGUCCAACAACUAAUCUCAUUCAAGGUAUUUUGUGUGUGCAACAUGGAGAAAACACAAAGACUGAAAUGUAUGAAAAGAAAUGAACAAGGAUACAGCAUACACAUAUAAAAAGUAUUCUGUGCAUAUUCAGAAAUCGACACAGAUGUAAAUGUAUUCCUGCAUUGCAUAUGUACUGUAUAUACAUCUACCUUCCCUUGGCAUUAAAAAUACUUAACCCAGGACAAAUUGAAAUCAGGGGGUGAAGAGAUUGUCAUUAAGGUGAAUAACCAGAAAGAACAUCGCAGGAUGAUUCAGGAGUAACAGUCUAAAACAAAGCUUUAAAGCCUGAGUAAAUGUUUAAAAUGCUUAAGUUUGGGACAGACUCUUCCACCUCAUCUGUUCAGUACCAUGAAACGAAGAAGAUACAUCAGAACCAUUAUAUGUACGUUUUUUCUCUACCAUCAAAUGCUGCCCCCCCAAAAAAUAUAUUUUUUACCUCUACCUACUAAUCUAAAGAAAGAACACCCGACAUCUCCACAAUGCAUUGCACUUUUGUCUCAUCUACUUACAGACCCACUUUUGGGUGUUCUUUCUAUUUCAUAUUGCUGUCAAAUAAUGAAAGUGGAUUCCUUAUCCAGGCAGCCAUAUUGGUCAAAGAAAAGAAGACGUGAAUUUUGAUACACGUUGAUUACUACUCAAAAAUAUGCUAAGCCUUUACCUUGUAUCCCUAAAUGAGGUGAAAAUUGGUAUUUGUAAAACCAAGCUAUAAUGUAUGUAACCUAUUUAUAAUGGCAUUGUGAAAAUAUGCGGUUUCAUUCAGAGGUGAAGAGAGUAGUUAUUUUAAGAAUAAAAGAGUGUGCACUCAUCUGUCUGCUUUUAGAAAAUCAGUACAACAAUGCAGCCAAUUUUGUACUCGGCUAAUAAAAUAGAAGCUUCAAUUCUU